GGAGACAGAGUAGAGAUAGCAGAGCAUUUUAGGCUGACAAACGAAAAUGAAGUUUGAAGACUUACUUUUAGAUAUUAAUGGGUUUGGAAAGUUCCAGAUAAUCCUUAUUAUAAUCAGUUUCAUUGGUCGCUUCACACUACCCUGUCACUUUAUGUUAAACAAUUUUAUUACGGCAGUGCCUUCUCACCACUGUGCCCUCAGUGGCCUGGAUGAUGUCUUUGGAAAUCUAACCCAGGAACAGAGACUGGUAGUCAGUAUCCCACAGCAGGAGGAUGGGGGUCCAAGCUCCUGUGAGAUGUUUCCAGAGCCACAGUAUCAACUGUUAUUCAACACCUCCAACAUGACUAAUACAGACAGAAUUCCGUGUCAGAAUGGAUGGGUAUAUGACCACAGCACCUUCACCUCCACGCUGGCCACAGAGUGGGACUUGGUGUGUGAUAAAAAAGGGAGAAAUAAGGCAACAGUCACAAUAUUCUUUCUGGGCGUGAUGUUUGGGGCAAUGACAUUUGGAAGUCUAAGUGACAGGUUUGGCCGGAGGAUUAUGCUUUUGGUGUCCUAUGUGUCUGCGAUGGUGUUUGGUGUGGCCAGCGCUUUUUCCACCUCCUACGGAAUGUUUGCGAUGCUCAGGUUCCUCACGGGGUUCGGCAUCACAGGCAUCGUCAUAGUUUCCACAGUCCUCAGUGUGGAGUGGGUGGAUAUUAAGCACAGAAGGCUAGUGGGCGUUAUUGACAGCUUGUCAUGGUCAUUUGGGAACACUAUGCUGCCGCUUAUUGCCUACUGUGUGACUGACUGGAGAUGGCUGACCAUCUGGGUCACCUUACCUCUUGCCCUGGCCAUCCUCACCUGGAGGUGGGUUCCUGAGUCUGCCAGGUGGCUCAUAGCCCAUGGGAAAUUAGCAGAAGCUCAGUUUUAUUUGUGCCAGUGUGCCAAGAUGAAUUGCAGGGGGGGCUUUGAGUCUACCCUGAAACCAGAGGCCCUUUCCAAUAUUGUCGUGACUCAGAGAAAAGACAGAACAUAUUCCUACCUUGAUCUGGUGAGGACCCCCAAAAUGAGGAGACUGGCUCUGUGUACCGGCAUAGUGUGGUUCGGUGUGGCGUCUGCAUACUACGGCAUCAGCUUCAACAUUACAGGGUUUGGGGUCAACAUCUACCUGACCCAGUUUCUGUAUGGUCUAAUUGAGCUACCUGCCAAACUCGCAGUGUACUACCUACUGGAUAGGAUAGGCAGACGAAACACUGAAGUCGGCGCGCUGCUGCUGGUUGGGCUCUGUCUCGCCACCAACAUUUUCAUUCCCAGAGAUAUGCCGAUUGUCAGGACAACUGUGGCGGUUAUUGGGAAAGGGUUCUCAGCAGGUUCGUUCGUGACCGUUGUGUUGUACAGCUCUGAGUUAUACCCUACUGUGGUGAGACAGAGCGGCAUGGGCUACAACUCGUUCUUGGCCCGGCUGGGGGUGUCAGUGGCUCCGCUGAUCUUAAUGUUGGAGGAGGUGUGGAGGGAUCUACCCCAGGUCGUCCUGUGUUUGCUGGCCAUCCUGGGAGGAGCAGUAGGAAGCAUGCUCCCCGAAACCAGGGACAGAUGUCUGCCAGAGACCAUUGAAGAUAUUGAGGAAUCUGGGUUGGCUAAAUCGUCAGAUGUGGAUAUGGCACAAACCCUCUUCAGAUCCAAGAGCAGCAACGAGACAGAAAACAUUUUCUGACAAGUCACAGAAAAGUAUAUUUUGACUACUGAAGACUACUUUCAUGAACCAACGUGCGCUGGAUGCAAAAAAAAAGGAAACAAAACAAAUUAAGAAACUACCAUUUUAUCACUAAUCUGAAUGCUUUCACUUUAUGAAAAUGAAAUAAAUC